GGGGCCGGGGGCCGGGCUUCCCGGGGGAGGGCCCGCGGCGCUCCGGGAGGCGGCGGUCCGGGCCCGGAGCCACAGGACUCCGGCGGGAGCGUGGCCGGACCCCAGCCCCCGGAGCGCGCGGGGAGGACGCGCUUCAAGGCAGAGUCGCAGUGGCAGCUUUGAGAGUUGGACAGCCAGGAGACCCUGAAGUGAUCUCUAGGCUCCAGCCCCAGCCUGCCACCAUUCCAUGCUGCAGGAACACCAUGGCUCCAGAGGAAGGCACUGGAGGGGAGGCCGUGGAGGGCAGUUUCUGGGAGGCUGGCAACUACAGGCGGACAGUGCAGCGGGUGGAAGACGGGCACCGGCUGUGCGGGGACCUGGUCAGCUGCUUCCAGGAGCGGGCCCGCAUCGAGAAGGCCUACGCCCAGCAGCUGGCUGACUGGGCCCGGAAGUGGAGGGGUACCGUGGAGAAGGGCCCCCAGUACGGCACGCUGGAGAAGGCCUGGCACGCCUUCUUCACAGCGGCUGAGCGGCUGAGCGCGCUGCACCUGGAGGUUCGGGAGAAGCUUCACGGGCCGGACAGUGAGCGGGUGCGUGCCUGGCAGCGGGGGGCCUUCCACCGGCCGGUGCUGGGGGGCUUCCGAGAGAGCCGGGCUGCGGAGGACAGCUUCCGCAAGGCCCAAAAGCCCUGGCUGAAGAGACUGAAGGAGGUGGAGGCUUCCAAGAAGAGUUACCACGGAGCCCGGAAGGAGGAGAAGACAGCCCAGACUCGGGAGAGCCACGCGAAGGCGGACAGCACGGUCUCCCAGGACCAGCUGCGCAAGCUGCAGGUGCGGCUGGACCGCUGCACCAAGGAGGCCGAGAAGACAAAAACCCAGUAUGAGCAGUCGCUGGCAGAGCUGCACCGCUACACCCCGCGCUACAUGGAAGACAUGGAGCAGGCCUUCGAGACCUGCCAGGCCGCUGAGCGCCAGCGGCUUCUCUUCUUCAAGGAUAUGCUGCUCACCUUACACCAGCACCUUGACCUCUCCAGCAGUGAGAGGUUCCAUGAGCUCCACAGAGACCUGCAUCAGGGUAUCGAGGCAGCCAGCGAUGAGCAGGAUCUGCGCUGGUGGCGCAGCACCCACGGGCCGGGCAUGGCCAUGCACUGGCCACAGUUUGAGGAGUGGUCCUUGGACACACAGAGGACAAUUAACCGGAAGGAGAAGGGCGGCCGGAGCCCUGAUGAGGUUACUCUGACCAGCAUCGGACCUACAAGAGAUGGCGCUGUGCCCCCACCUCAGUCCCCCGGAUCUCCACGCAGUGGGCAGGAUGAGGAGUGGUCGGAUGAGGAGAGUUCCCGGAAGACUGCCACUGGGGUGCGGGUGCGGGCGCUCUAUGACUACGCUGGCCAGGAAGCUGAUGAGCUAAGCUUCCGAGCAGGGGAGGAGCUGCUGAAGAUGAGCGAGGAGGACGAGCAGGGCUGGUGCCAGGGCCAGCUGCAGAGUGGCCGCAUUGGCCUGUAUCCUGCCAAUUACGUGGAGUGUGUGGGGGCCUGACAGCCCUGGCAGCCCUUCUGCAAUGUUUCUCCACCCUGAGCCAGAGCCCAGCUUCUGGACAGCUGGACCCGAGGGCCCUGCACCAGUGCCGCUGCUGUCCCUCUGUCCCUUGAGGAGGGAGGAAGUCCUGGGGGGUCAGGGAGGGGAGGGGCUGACUGAGUCUAGCCUGUGGGUAAAUGGGAGGUUAGGAGGUCAUAGAAGGGUACCUAGGCCUCCCCAGGAGUGUUUGGUUUCCCCAGGAGCCAUGGGCCGAAUUCCUGGUCUCUGUGUUUUGGGGUUCCUGGGGUGGGCGUGAGGUGAGUGUUGUUCUGAGCUAGCAACAAUCUUUUGUGGCUUGUUCUAGUGUGUAUUAAACUUGAAAAAAAAAUAAAAAAGCGUUUUCAGG